UCUGUGCCCACCCUGCUCCCGCCCGGGUCACGGUGCCCUCGGGAAUCGCCCGCUCCCUGCCGCCGGGGCCGGUCCCGCAGCACGGCGGGCCGACGGGGGCUGCCCGCCAAGGGCAGGGGAUCUGUGGGGUUUUGGGGCCUGUUUUUCGAGUCUCUGAGGACCGGAGAGCGGCGACUGCGGGGCUGGCAGCGGGGCCCCUGGGCUGUGGCACCAUGUCCCGCCGUGCGUGGGCUCCCCUUGGCAGGAAAGAGAAAUAAACCGCUAAUGAGAGGGUGUAGUGCUCCCAGCAGCGUGGCCCAUUGCCCGAGGCAGUCUCUGCGAGGCUCCUUUCAGCGUGCUCAGAACACGCUCAGGGGACACUGCCAGGUCUCUUGCUUGCUUUUGGACUUGGACAGGCCUAAUCUGUGAAGAUAAUUAAAGAUCCUCUACUCUGGAUGCUAGCCGCGGCCCGGCCAUGUCCCCGCUGCCGGAGGCGCAGCUGGUGCGCAGCUCGCUGCAGCUGUACCGGUACCUGCUGCGCUGCUGCCGCCGCCUGCCCCCGGGCCCCGUCCAGCAGCACUACAGACACGCCAUCCGGCAGAGUUUCAAAGUCCAUGCUGAUGAAGAUGAUCCUGAGCGAAUACAGCAGAUCAUUAAGAGAGCCAUUGAAGAUGCUGACUGGGUAAUGAAUAAAUAUAAAAACCAGAAGUAGAAGAGGAAGGAUGAAACCAAGGAAGACAUUGGUAAACAUCCUUAGAGGACUUGCGGUCAAGCCCAGUACUAUAUGAGAAUUAUUGCUUGAAGUUUUCUCUUGGAUAAUAUAAAUACAAUAACUUGUAUUUCACUGGGAUGUCAUGAAGCUAAAUUAAUACUUCUGAAGAAAUUGAAUUUUGUAAAUUGCUUUGUAUAAUCACAAACUUCUAAGUUAAAGCCCAAGCUUGCCUAACAUUUGAGUACCUUAUUGCAUUACACUGUUAGGCCUGAAUCAAUGGGGUGUGAUAACACUUGUUGUGCAGGCUCUUUGGGGACAAGGCUCCCCUGCAUCAGUCACCGUGGAUUUGGGGACUGAGCAUUUCAUCCUCUGUGUGUGUGACACUGGCUAUGGCUGGCACUCUGCUGGGUCACAUCAGCCUCUGCUGGGAUGGUCCUUGUUGUCAGAGUGCCCGCUGAGAGGGGUCGGUGCCUGUUCAGCCGGGUCCGUGCCCCAGACAGCGCAGGCACCGCCUGUGCGAUGCUCUGCAGCUCAGAGGCUUCAGAAGGCCUUGCAGCACAUAACAAAUGUCCCUCAGACAGGGGAGUCGGUGUCCUUGUGCGCAGCCCGCCCUGCCGGUGCCGGGCCGGUGUCCCGAGGGAGGGCGGCUCCGCACGGCCCGGCCGCGCCCGCCCGGCUGCAGUGGCGGCGGGUCGCCGGCAGGUGGCGGUGCCGCCCGGCGCGCAGGCCGGGGCAGGGCCGGGAUGAGCGCCGGGCUCGGAGUUUGGCACGACCGCGGCAGAAACGGGGCUGCCGCUGAAGUUCAGAAAGCAUUGCAUCAAAAAACUGCCUUUUCUCUGCUAACCCUCCUCUCCUGGAAUUCCUGCUCCCUGCUACACUUCCCUCUGCCAUCGCCACUACUGUUCCUCUCUCUACUCCCGUGUCUUUCACAUCACCCCUAUGCACCCUUAACUUUUGUUGUCUUUGUUUUACCUAUUCCUUAAUGCUGUUCUCAUCUUGCCUUUCUACCUCCCUUAUUUCUCCUUCUCAAGUCCUUUUCUCCACCAGAUGACACUCAGUAUUACGCUGGAGCCAACCUUCUGCUUAACUUCAGGUAAAGUAGGAAGGUAAUAGACUUUCUCAACAGAGGAGGUGUUUCCCCGUGUGAGGAAAGCCACUUGUCUUUCUACCUAGGUACAUUAUUUUUUUUUUUUUUCAUUGCAGCCAUUCUGGUUUAAACUUUCAAAAUAAUUUUGUGCAAGGUAGAGCACAGAAAGCUUCAACCUUGGCAGCUGACAAGGAAUAUUCAGUAUGAUCUUGAACACUAAUAAAAAAGCUCAAGCAUUUUUGGGUAGAAGCUCUCUGAAUGUGCUGCUUCUGAUCAAGACCAGCAAAUAGGUGACCUGUGCUGUUCUCCAGGUCUGUUCUUUGUGUGUGGUCUGUAGCACAGAGAUGUAGUGAAUUUUGUAUCACUGCAAUAGCAAUUAAAAACUCUUAGUGGGAUUAACAGUGUAUGGAAGCACGGCAGUUUCCUGAACUUUAAAUGUGGAUGAUCACACCCCUCUAUGGCUUUAAUUGACUUUUGGUAGUGUGAGAUGUAAUAUUUUUUUUCAGUUACAAAAAGGAUAAUUGCAUGUGUUUAUAUCAUUCUUACACGCCUGUUAUUUAAUUUAUGGCUAGUUCAAGAGGGAAAGGACCAUGGAGCUGGAAGGUAGAGCCAUGGCUUGUCUGCAGCUCUAGAUGUAUGAGGUGCCAGCUGGGAUGUGAGAGCAUCAGACCAAAGGUAUGGUAGAUCUAAUUGAUAUGGAGGAUCAGGAUCUGUAAAUUGGAAAAUUGAUAGAGCAUUCAGUUCUCAGUAGGGUGCAGACAGGGAACAUGAUUGGUGAGGCAGGAGACAUCAUGACUAAAUAUAGUGAUUCAACUGGAGGCAUGAGGAGAUGUCUGAAGGACUUUUCUACAAACGUAAUCUGGUUUUCAAAGUGAAAAGACUCUUAAUAGAGUCAAAGAUAACUUUACUCAAUAUACAAGUAAUUUUCCUUCUGGUGAGGAGAUAUGAUGCUAACAACUAUUUACUUUCUUGUUAUAGUAACCCCAGUACCUCAGAAAUGUUUCUGUAAUGACUGGACUGAAGAGUCCUUCAGCUGCAGAGCUGAGGCUUUUAUGUUUUCAAGACAUUAUAGAAAUUCCAUUCUCCAGCAGCAUAAUUUGAGACCAAAGAUGUUAUAGUAACCCAGAUGUAAAUGAGAACCUGAACUCUGAAAGGGGUUUUGGGCAGAGCUUCAGUACUUUCAACCAAAAUUAUUAUUCUAAAAACUUCUGCUCAGAAGUCAUUUGACCCUGGAGUUGUCCAAAUUUAUCACUCACUGACCUGCCUGACCUGAGAGUUACACAGUGAGUUCUCUUUACCUGUGUUUAAGCAGCUCUCUGCCACCCAGCCCUGCUGAGCCUGAAGAGCUGUUCCCUACUCCCUUGAUGCUGCUGUGCUGGCAAUUACUGCCCACGGUGACAAAGGCACAGUCACAGGCAGCAUCCUCUGGGGUUCUGCUGUGGCAAUUGGGUAUAAAAUAGCAACCCCAAAUAGACUGGAGCACUUGUGUUCCCAUUUUCAGUCCUCCAGAAUCUCUGACCAUAAAUAUGGUGGGUAAAUGAGGCUGUGUUGUGUUCUAUAAUUAUUUUUGAAGAGUUUAAAAAACUCAUGAUGCUCAUGAGGCUGCUGACAGAGCAGUAAAAGGGAACAAGCGUGUUCAUAGGCUUCAGUUUCUUUUACUGCAAUGAGGAACCCAUUUCUGUGCCAAUUCUGGUGAGUGAUGAGCUGUUGAUAGGUGAUUGUAGUAACCCAAAAACACUGACAAAAACACUUUUGCAGCUGGUUCCAGUGGGAUCUUGAGUCAAUAACUUCUCCUAGGUACUCCACAGUUAGGAGUUGAGCAAAGUUAGCAGUUCAAAUGUUGUAUGCAGGCAACUCUUGAUUAAGGUAGUGAGAGUUUAACUGGAGGCUUGUUGUGCAAGAGCAAGACAAACAUUAGAACAAGGAAAGACAGUGGGAGACUUCUGAUUAAUAAAGUGAUACCAUGCUUUGCAUUCUUGAAGUAAGGAGAAUUAAUAAUUUAAAUCACUUUACAGACUUACCAAUGUCCAGUCUAACCAGAACCAACACUGGUGCUAUACUUUCUGUAUUGUGUAUACACAGCCUUGGAAACCUAAAGCUGAAAUUGUGUGUGAAUAAUCUGUACAUUACAAAUAUGGAAGUAACAUGUCAAAAGAUAGAGAAGUAGCAGUGGGUUGGUCAAUGUAUUUUUAGUGCUUAUGUUCCUGCUCUCAAGUCCACAGAGAAAUGGUAAAGACCACCUUGGUUAUUACCAGCCUUGGAGCCUCAUGCAGAAGCUUCCUGUAUAGUGAAAAUCUUUCCCUUUUAUUUAUUUUUGUAAUUAAUUUAUUCAUUUCAGGUUUUGGUAUGGACAAGAUUGUAAAUUCAUGUUUUAUGUAAUAUCCAGGAUAGCAUUCUGCCCUUCACGUUGCCAGAGACCAAUACACUUCUGAUCACAUUCUUGUGUCAGAAGUGUUACUGAUUUCCAUUCACACUCACCACCAGAGUCAUUUGAGCCCUAUGGGUACUGAAUAGAAUAUUUCCAACCCAGACCAGGCCUUGAUUAGCACCAUUUGUCAGUAAUGGAAUAUUCUUUAAAUCAUUCUUUAGCACUUUGUAAACUUCCUCACGUGGUGGGUUAUGUCACAGGCAUUGCUUUUUUGUUUAGGGGCACUUGAGCAUGAGGACUUGAUGCUAAACAAAAACCUCUCCUCCGUGGUGUUUGGCUUAUUUUCAAAUGUCAUAAGGAAGUAAUAUUUACUGUGAUGCUGUAAGGAAGAGGAAUACACACUAUUUCUGGGAGAAACAAAUAAUACUCUCUCACAUCUUUUUUAGAGGAAACAGUUUCUUAUUUGUAAAAGCUUUUAACGUGGCAUUAUAAAUUGUGCCUUCAUAGAAAGCUUUGAUAAGCUGCAAACUGAACAGGCAGCACAUCUGUGAGUCUUAAAUACUCAAUAUCAUAGUACUUAUUCAUUGUGAGAGUCCUGUAAGACUGCUCUAACUGUAAGUCAUUAGAGCUUUAUGGUCCACAGUGUCAUGUCCCUCAGUGUCACCCCAAAGACGGGAUUUGGGGUGAGCAGGGUCUUGGUCAGAGCAGUCUAAAGCAAAUCCCUGACACAAAACACUGCUGGACACAGACCUGCACUGCUCACUUGGUCUGUCCCUUUCCUGCAGCAUUGCCUGCUGCUCAGAACUGAUGUACCUCUGCUGGAGCACGAGCCAGCUGGGGCGUCUUUCAACCUUUGUAUUAUUUGAUUAAUUUAUCUUAUACUUCUGUCAAGCCAGGUUUUAUGAAAUAGUGUUAACUGAAGUAUACACCGGUCAUCAAGUACUCCUUUCAGCUUGUGAUUAAGCAGGGCAGACACAUUAACUUUAAAAAAAACCCUGUUCUUUGAGGACUAUUUUCUGUUUUCCUCAUAAUUGUGUUUGAUAUUUAAAAUAGUUUUUUAGAAGUUUAGAAGCAGAGGGAGGCAUCUGUCACUUGCGCCUAAGAGCUUAACAGUGUUUGUGUUUGUCACUGGGGGAGAGGUCCCUGGCAUCAUUCACUGCACCUGUAGAGUCUGAAGAGGAAGGUUCUGGGACUGCUGUUUGCUGUCCUUACCUGUGGACACUGGACUUACCCCUUCUGUAACUAUCAACCUGGGUGACUUUUCCUCCAGAAGAAUCUGCCUUCAUGUUCUGCAUGAAUCCAUUCUGAAAAGGAUUAAUUUGGAUUUUGUUUUUUAAUCAGCAGCUUCUGAGCCAGCUUGGUUUGGGUGCUUCACAGAAUCAUUCAGGCAAAAGACUUCCAGCCCAUGGAGUGUCAGCUGUGCCAAAUUCCCACUUUGUCCCCAGCCCAGAGCACUGAGUGCCACAUCCAGGCCUUCCUUGGACACCUGCAGGGAUGGGCACUCCAAACCUCCCUGGCCAGCCCCUGCCAAUGCUUGACAACCCUUUCUGUGAAGAAACUCCUUCUGAUGUCCAACCUGAACCUCACCUCCCCUGGCACAGCUUGAGCCUAUAUCACUACCCCAUAUUAAAUUCUUUAUUUCACCUGCAGCUGCACAACUUCAGACUGAGUGGCCUCAUUACCUUUGGGCUUCCUUCUGCUGGGGUUCUGCAUCAUCUGUUUAAAAAACAUUGCACUUAAUAUCUUUAUAUUGUUACCCCUUAUAUUUUGCACCAUGUCUGGUAUUCAUUCUUGUUGAGAGGAGUUUAAAACUGCUGGUGUUUUGAUUAAUAUUCUCCCCUUCCACAGAAUGGAUUUUAAAAGAUGCAAAAUUAACAAUAAAUUCUUGUGGCUCA